GUCCCGGGCCCAGGUCGGUGCUGCGGCCGCGGGGCCGCACCGGGGAGGGGGGCCCGGGGCCGGCCUUCUCUGUUCCGGCUUUCCCGGGGACCCUGGGCUGCUCUCGGAGAGGAGACCGCGUCCUGGCCCGUGAGAAGGGACCCGCGGCCGCUGCCGAGGCCCUGCGGUGCGGACGGGAGGGAGUUAAGGCCGGCGCUGGGAGGUGCGAUCCCCCGCACCAGGCCUGGUCCCGGACUGGGUCCUUGCACUCCGUGUGCCGGAGGCGAGCCGCGCACAGAGCCCAGCCUGGGCUCCCCGUGACCUGCAGGCACAGCCAUGGGAUUGUUUGACAAGCUGGCAGGGUGGCUUGGCCUGAAGAAGAAGGAGGUUCACGUCUUGUGCCUUGGCUUGGACAACAGCGGCAAAACGACGAUCAUCAAUAAACUUAAACCUUCAAAUGCUCAAACUCAGGACAUCGUUCCAACAAUAGGAUUCAGUAUAGAGAAAUUCAAAACUUCAAGUUUGUCUUUCACAGUGUUUGAUAUGUCAGGUCAAGGGAAAUACAGAGACCUCUGGGAACACUACUACAAAGAAGGCCAAGCCAUUAUUUUUGUCAUUGAUAGCAGUGACAAAUUAAGAAUGGUUGUGGCCAAAGAAGAACUUGACACCCUUCUGAAUCAUCCAGACAUCAAGCACCGCCGGCUGCCUAUUCUCUUCUUUGCUAACAAGAUGGACCUCAGGGAUGCAGUGUCAUCUGUGAAAGUGUCUCAGCUGCUGUCCUUAGAAAACAUCAAAGACAAGCCCUGGCAUAUCUGUGCCAGUGAUGCUCUUAAAGGAGAAGGAUUACAAGAAGGUGUGGAUUGGCUUCAAGGUCAGAUGCAAGCAAUGAAGACAUGAGAGAUAAAUAAAGGAUCUAUGGGGUUCUUUUACACCUUUUGUCAGUAGGUGAAGAACAAGUUCCUUGGAAAGGAGGAAUGCUUUGAAGAAGAUGAACAGUUCAGCUAAAAUAUCCUGUAUUGACUUGUUUGAGUUUAGUUUCUCUUCCACAAAAACUGAAUGUAGGCAGCCUAGCACCUCAGGUAUGCACGUUGAUGAAUUAAAUUGAAUCUUGUGACUGGAGAGCAUAUACAAAAAAAUAUUUGUGUUAACAAUAAACAUCUGCAUUCAUUUGAGGUUUAGGUGAUAAUUAGCCAUCAGUAAAUGCCCCUGUUUUUUGGGGGGACAUGUUUUGAGCAAAUGGGAAUAUUUAUUUUCCAGAGAAAGAGUAAUCAGCACUUCCUGAAAUCCAUCUACAUAAGAUACCUACUGAUUUUAGAUGCCCAGUUUUAGGCAUUACUGGCAAUUUUUUUAUAUUGAAGUUUGAUGUUGGGUUUUUAUUAUCCAUCUCUAAUAUACUUCUAUAAGAGUAUUUUGAUUAAAGAUAUAAGGAUUCAAGUGUUCAGUAUAUUUGUUAUAGAUGAUUGCAGAUGUUUUUAAGAAAUUGCUUUUAAUGAAAUAUUACUACUUGUUUUUUGUGAUUAUACCAUGGUUAUAUUUGCAUUCCCAUCAAUAAAACUUCAAAUAUAUGACAUGCCCUGAUUGGGUUUUUUAACUUCAAUAUGCUCAUUAAUGGUCUUUACAUCCUAGAGAUUUCUGGUUUUCUAUUAAUUUCAUUUGGAAUUUGUUUAUCCAUAUUCAAGUGGAUAUAGCACUGUAUAUGUAAUAAAAUGGUAUCUCUGUUGCCAAGGG